AUUGGAGACCAUAAAGGGAGGCUACGCAGGCCAGAGACCUGGCUUCUUCCACCUGUGGCCCCUGCACCCCUCAGGCUCACCCGCUGCUGUGGGGGCAUCUGUGGAGUCCCUACCUGCACCUGAACACACCUGAGCAGUACCUGGGCAGGGAGCCAAGAGCAUCUGCACCUCGGGAGCCUGUGGCAGGCUUAAACCCCCAGAGCAUGGACCGUGUGACCAGAUACCCCAUCUUUAGCAUCCCCGACUCACCAGGCGUGGCCAGCCUGGCUCUCAAUGGGGAUACUGGCUACAUGUUCGAGCUGGUGGACGUGGAGCCCUCAGCCAGUGGCUGGGGCCAGGACCAGCCUCAGGCAUGGACCACUGACUACAAAGCCCAGUUGGACGUGGUGAGGACAGGGGUGCCCUGCAGUCUGCGUGCUGUUCCCAGCCAACUGUUCCUGCGGCAGGAGGACCACGAGGAUGAGGAGGUGAAAGCUUACCAGUUGGACACCAGGGACGCCUCACCCAGGUGGCCACGAGACUUGCAGUGGGAGCACUGGGUGGUCAUCCAGAACCAGGCAGUCAGGAAGAGUGGCACUGUGGCCACACUCCAUGGCACCCCUGGCCACAGGGAUACCAGGACCUCUGGCCGACCCCAGUCCAUGCCCCUGGAAGAAAACGUGAUCAACAGGGAGCAGAUCGACUUCCUGGCAGCAAGGCAGCAGUUCCUGAGUCUAGAGAAGGCAAACGCGGGGAUUCCUCAGAACCCCCAGGCCAGGGUGGCCCCCACAUGUGCCCCACCCAGGAUCAGCCAGGCCCCCAAGGCCUUGAACGGGCUGUCCCUAGCCAAUGGCUAUGUUGUCUCAGUCCAGCCCCAGGUGAAGGAAAAGAAGAGGGUCCAUGGUUUGUCUAAGGCAUCUGGUAUCCAAGCUGUGGAUGACCCUGGUUCCCAGUCCCCAGCUGAGUCACUGGAGGUCCCCAAGGAGACGCCCAUUGAGCGGGAGAUCCGGCUGGUCCAGGAGCGCGAGGCUGCUCUGCGCAAGCAGAGGGGUCUGCAGCGGGCCGACAACCACCAGGAGCUGGUGGAGAUCCCCACGCGGCCACUGCUGACCAAGGUGAGCCUGACCGCGGCCCCGCGGCGGGACAGGGGACGCCCAUCGCUCUAUGUACAACGUGACAUGGUGCAGGAGACGCAGCGUGAGGAGGACCACCGGCGGGAAGGCCUGCAGGUGGGCCGGGCCUCCACGCCCGACUGGGCCUUAGAGGACCCCCGGCCUGGACUCAGGAGAGCCUUCAGCUCGGACUCCAUCCUUGGCCUGGCCCCAGACGCCAGUGCAGCCGAUCCCGCCCCAGACGUGAGAAAGGUAAACCGCAUCCCACCUGCCGCCUACCUGCCGUACCUGAGCCCUGGGACGCCCCAGCAAGAGUCCCCAGCCCUCCGCGCAUACAGCAAGCCAAGUGGGCUCUCUGCAGAUGAGGGCAAGGCGGUGGCCUCUCCAAAGGCCACAGGGUCUCAAAGGCUUGUCUCGGCAACCUCUGGAAAACCUUCAGGCACGAAGCAGGAGAGCUGGAAGCCCCCCAGGGGACCCCUGCAAGCCAACGGGGGUGUGGUGCGAUGGGAAUACUUCCGCCUGCGUCCCCCGCUGUUCAGGGUCCCAGAUGUGCCCCAGAAGGCUGAGCCCCCAGGAAUCUGGGGCUGGGAGGUGGCUAGGGCGCCAGCGCUGAGGCUACAAAAGUCCCAGUCAUCUGAGCUGCUGGAGAGGGAGGUGGAGAGUGUCCUGAGGCGGGAGCGGGAGGUGGCCGAGGAGCGGCGGAAUGCUCUCUUUCCAGAAGUCUCUCCGCCCCUGGAGGAGGGUUGUGACCAAGACUCCAGGAGUUCCUCCCAGGCAUCCGGCAUCAUGGGCAGCUACUCAGUGUCUGAGUCUCACUACUUCGCCCCCAUCUACCUGCACUCGGGCCCGGUAUGGACGGCGGAGGGCCCAGCCGAAGCUGCUCCUGAGCAGAGAAAGAAGAAGGAACAGUGGUACGCUGGCAUCAACCCUUUAGACCACGUCAACUCGGAGGUCCUGGAAGCCACGCGGGUGACCCGCCACAAGAAUGCCAUGGCGGAACGCUGGGAAGCUGGAGUCUACGCCAGUGAAAAUGAAGACUGAGCCUGAGGAUAGGGGCGCCCACCCCCUGCCAUGCCUGGCCCUGUGGGAACUGCCAAGACCGUGACAGAGCCCCCCACCUUAGGAAACAGGUCCCCAUUUAAAUCCACCAUCCGAGAACCACAAGUGAAGUGCUGACAAUCCUGAGGGCGGGUGUGCCUUCAGACUCGAGGGCUUACUUUUCUGUUUUUACUUUCCUGGAAAAACUGUUCUGCUUUCUGGGUCUCAAGCCAGGGAUGAAAUGGUACCUCUGUUGAGUCUUUCUGCUUCAAAGAUUUUGCCAAACACUCUUAGAUCCAAGAAGAAAGGAGACCAGCACCCAGCCUUCCAGAUUUAAUUGUUCCUGCUAGUCUGAGGGGGGAGGGACUAUUGGGGAGGGGGGCAUGGAUCCUGGCACCUUAAGGAGCUGCAAGUCUGAAGGGGAAGACACUUGACCCCUCCCUUUAAGUCCCAAUCUGAGAGAGGAUACCCGCCCCACUCCAACCAGGGGGAACCUUCCAGUCUGAAGGAGACCUGAGCUCCCAAUCUGAGGGCCUCCAUGCCUCCCUGGAGUCCCCACCAUGGUGCACCAGAAAAGCCCUGACAUUAUGGAGUCCUGUGUGGACAGCACCUGACCUGGCAGAGAAAAGUGCUUGAUUUGAGGGCUUAAAGGGGUCCUUCUGCCCUCCUUCAAAGUGCUUGUCCACACCCACCAUGAAAUAAACCCUCCCUCCUCUGCCCGGUUCAUUUCACUUGGUGACACUCACUGCUCCCACGGGUACCUCUGGCCCCCACCCCACCCCACGGGGCUGUGAGCCCCACUAUGGGCUGGCAGGGUCACACUCGGCAUCCCAAGCAUGUGGCAUGCAGUUAGUGUUCAACCAGUGUUUGUGGAGUGAUGGUCUUCCGUGGCACCAGCCCCAGGCCUUUUUCCAUGUCACCCUGUCCCACUGAGUCAGUCACUGCUUGUCAAUCAUACUCACAGUACUUAUUAUGGACAAACACUGUGUGACUGCACUCACAGGAGGUCCCCAAAGGAGUGAGAUUCACAGACAGCAAGUAGAUGGUGGGGGGCAGGGACUGGGGGAGGGGAUGGGAGUGAGUGUUUAAUGGGGACAGUUUCAGUUUGGAAAGAUGGAAAGUUCUGGAGCUGGAUGAUGGGAAUGGCUGCAGGACGGUGUGACGGUGCUUAAUGCCACUGAGCUGUGCACUUAACAAUGGUUAGGAUGGUAAAGUUUAUGUUAUGUGUACCUUAAUACAAUAAAGUAAAAAACAAGUAUUGGCUCUCUUGAAGGCAAAAAAGUCCUUGGGGAGGACCAUCCAGAGGAUGCUUAAAAAAAUUGGAAGUGCCCUAAAAAUGCAAUAUCCCCUUUGAAAUUCUUGACUUGUCCUGACCAGUACGUCCUGAUGAGGCCAGAAGCAUGACCAUUGGAAAUGUCUUGUUUUUACCAUUCGCUUUUCAUUUAAUUCUUUUAAUGAGGCAGGUCCCUUAGAAAGUGGGGACAGAAUUCUAUCCACCUGCUGGGCCCGGGAGGUAUUCGGUGAGACGUUUAAAUAAAUUCUCAGUGGAAUUCCCAAAGGAGGGCAGGUCUGUCUGGAAAGUGGAUGGCACACCUCAGAUCCCCUAUCUGUAGGUCCCUGGUGGCCCCUCAUUCUUUCAUGUGAAGGGUGGGUACUCUCUUCUUUGGUUUUCCCUCAGCUAAGUGUAUUGUAAUCCAGGAAGGCCUCGAGGAGAGUUCUCUCCCAGGCCGUUAGAAAGGCUGAAAUACAAACCGAGUGUCGAACUAAACUGAAGGGUUCUACUUGCCCCGAGGGCUAGCUCAGCCAUACAAUAUCGGGCGCACAGCCCACAUCCUGCUUGACAGAAAAAAAUAACUGUCCCCCCUUACACACAUCUUGCUUGAUUAGGCAAGCACAUCUCGCACACAUCCUGCUUAGCUGGUAAAAAUUUUCCCCGUGACCCAAAUCAGCUUGUUUUUUUGUUUUUUUUUAAGAUUUUUUUUUAU